AGCCCCGGAAGACCAGACGCCUGCGCAGUGAGGUCUAAGGUGACAGGCCCCAGGGUGGGGCGCGAAGCAGUCAUGGCGGAGUCUUGGUCAGGGCAAUCAUUGCAGGCUUUGCCGGCCACGUUCCUGGGGGCGCUGGGCGCUCUGGGCAGCGAGUUCCUACGGGAGUGGGAGGCGCAAGACAUGCGUGUCACCCUCUUCAAGUCGCUGGUGCUGUGGUUAGUGUUAAGUCUCCUGGGCAUCCAGCUGGCGUGGGGCUUCUACGGGAGCACGGUGACCGGGCUGUAUCACCGCCCAGGUCUGGGCGGCCAGAAUGGAUCCACACCUGAUGGCUCCACGCAUUUCCCUUCAUGGGAAGCAGCAGCCAAUGAACCUCUCAAAACCCACAGAGAAUGAGGGAAGGCAGCAGCAGAGGGGACUCCAGGGAUGUCGUCUGCUGGCUCCCACACUAGGUCUUGCUGCUACCCAGACCCCAGGGACAACUGCAGGGGUACUGGGACUGGAGCACAGAAUACCCAGUGCUUGCAGGGGUGUUGCCCCUCUCUCCCCCCCCACAUCACCUCAGAUAACCCCAGGCACUGGGCAAGUAAAGAGUUU